AUGCAUGAAGUCUACACCUAUGCGAGCCCCGGUCACAUUGACUUCGUGCUGGACCAGUUGCUGUCCAGCGCCGGCGUGGACGUGCUUCCGCUUCCGGACAUCUCGUUCGACGUUGACAACCAGCACAACUGGACAUUCGCAGGCUACGUCGAAUUCCACCUGCAGAACGGCACACUGAUCAAUCUGCGCAGAAGGGUACGACGAGUAGGAGACUGCGGGCUGCGUGGAGACCAGGAAAAUGGCGCCCCCUUCGUCGAGCUCUGGUGCAACUUGAACCUGCGCGGUGUCGUCGCGCAUUACGACGUCCAGGUAAUCGUCGACGACCGAACCAACAUGGCGGUCGCUGAACUGCUCGUCGACACCGGCAACAUCUACUUCAAGCUCGAGGCACGCCAGGAAAACUGCACGGAAUGUUCGCAAAUUACGGAUUUCCAGGUGACCGAAGUUGCAGCUAGGAUGAAGCCUCUGGAACAGAACAUGGACUACAUCGCCGAAGUCGUGCAGAAAUUCGAAAGCGAAGUGGUCUCUCGCGCGCCGAGGCACAUAUCCUACGCGUUCAGCACGGCGUACAAGCGGGCAUUGGCUGACAAAAUCACCCCGCUGAAAGCCACAGACUUCACUGAUCUAGCCUAGGACAAGACAAUUCAUUCUUUGUAUACAUACGCACACCACAUGACACGCAGCGAAUAAACCAAUAAAUAUUUUACCACCUUUGAA